AUGUCGUCGACAAAAGUCGACAGCAACACUGCUGCCGAACGCUGCCAGGCUUCAUUAUGGCACGAAAUCAAGGAAUAUAUAGAGGCUUCGGUGAAGAAAACCCAUAUUCCCACCACAGUUCCCUUCGCCCAUUGUUACAUUUGCCUUGGAGAACUGGACAUCUGUGGCAUUCCUCUCGUCGGUACCGCUGAAAAAGCUCGCGCCGGUUGCUUCCUUCCUUGUGGGCACUUCUUUUGCAUAAAGUGUUGGAAGGCUUGGAUCCGUAAGCGUCCCGAGCCGACCAAGCAUUACAUUGGCCCAACGAUCCCCAUCCCUCGUGCUGGUAUUCAAGAGAAUCGCAGUCUCACGUCAAUGGACCUCGUCAAAUGCUACGAGUACGGCCAGUCCAAGCUAUACCGCAGGUUUGAGUGCCCAAUCUGCAGAACCGAUCUUCACCACACGGGAUGCUGCUGUGAGGUUCGACCGGCAAUGAUUCCCACCAAUCAGUGCGAACAGGGUACCGACGUUAUCAUGGCGCUUCCUACAACGUACUUGGAAGUCCAUAGAGAUGCCCGCGCCUCUCCCGUCGACAACUGCAUGACAGAAAGCGAAAAAGACGAUAGGGACGACAAGCAAGACAGGACGGACGACGAUUGUGGCCUGACAGACAACGAGCAGGACGCACUGGACGAUGGAUAUGAGAUGGGUGACGACCAGAAUAGCAUUAUCGACGAUGAGGAAAACUCCGAUGGUAGGAUUUAUGACCGGACCCGACAGUCCACGAACAACUACUCUUCCGACAAAAGCCGCACUCCCUCACAGUACAGCCAGCAACAGCCCGACGGCUCCGUGCGCAGCAUCACUGACAGACCCGUGGUGUAUGAUAUAAAUACCAUCCCACAACCAUCCUUUUCCCCUAUGAUGCGCCUGCGGGCCCAGUAUCUACGUCUGCACGACCCCCGCGGCUGGGACUGCAGAGUAGUAGGCGGCCGUCUGGACAAGAUCGUGGACCUUGUUUGUGGUCAGUGUCUCUAUGACCUCACUCGAUAUCGGUGGCUCAAACAUAAGUAUGACGAGAUUGAACCAGCGUGGAAAAACUACAAUGCCCACGACUCAACUCUUCCCGAUAAGCUGCCCAACGGCGAUGACCUACCCGGCGCCGGGCUAAGACAAUUUCCCGGAUUGUCGUGGAAGUUGGCCGUCAUCAACGCAUAUCUCUGUUUAGACUCUAGCGGGCGCAAAAGACAGCCGACCUGGGGCCGCUGGCCGAGGGAGCUCGAUUACAUGCUCAAGCAGAGAGGCUGGACUGAGGGUGUCGACUUUGUGGAUUGGAAAAAGGCUGAAGCGAUGCCUGCCAUUCAUCCGAAGCAAUCUGAAGAGACUCCAGGAGACUUGGGGGUUGUAAAUCGAUUCCUCAGCCGCCUCUGUAGCUUCUUCACUAAAGCCAACAAUGAAGAGACUCGCGACACUGAGGGUCCAGACGCCGAGGAUCCUGAGACCCUAGCGCUGUCGGUUGACUGGAAUCCGAGCAAGCGCGCCCUCGACAACGGCCUCCGUCUUUGCGAUAUGGAAGGGAUGGGACCAUACCCCGACUGGGACGAACUCUUGGAAGAGUCGGCUUGGCGCGCCCACGGAAUCAGCAAGGUCCCUCGAGACCGGUGGGGCCAAGCUUUCGGUCGCAAGGUGCAGGAUCACGUCUUGGGUGAAUGGGUGGAGGGACAUGGUCAUGUCAUUCUCCAGACUGACAAGUUCAGUUUUUGUUCGAGGCGUAGGCUGCGGUCCAUGCAGGAACUGGACCCCAUGUUGAGGGCCCGAGACUGGACGCUUGGAGUCCAGUUCGUCGACUGGAGAGAAGGAUCCAAGAAUGCCGAGGAGAGCCCAGAGACGGACCGUGAUUGGACUCCCAGUCAGCAGUUCGUCAACAGCGGCCUCAAGCUGUCCGAUAUGGAGGGAAUGGGGGAGUAUCCCGACUGGGAUGAGCUUCUCGAGCAGCCGGAAUGGCAGGCUCGCGGCAUCAGCAAGGUUCCUCUCGACCACGGGGGCCACGGUCCUGGACAUGUUAUGGGAUGCUGGAUAAGGAAAUACUUGAGAUUGUGUUAG